UAGCUAGCAAUGAAAAAGAACAAAUAAAACAUUUAAAUAAAUUACAAAAACAUGAACGUAUAGUUCGGAAUGAAUUUAAUAAAUUAAAUGAACAUAUGAAAACAUUAUUAAAUUAUGUUGAAAAUGAAAAACAAAAUUAUCAACAAGCAAUGACUAAAGUUGAUAAUUUACAAUUACAACUUGAAAAAAUAUGUGUUGAACGAUCAAAAACUGAAUUUGAAAUUCAAACAUUAAAAGAAGAAGUUAAAUUAAUGCAAACAACAAAAGAAUUUCUUGAUGAUGAACGUGAAACAAUAAUAGCAACACAAACUGAAGCUAAUGAAUAUUUAUUAUCACGUUUAAGUGAAUCAAUUAAUCGUAUACGUGAAGAUUUUGAUGAACUUAAUCGUACUCAAGUCAAACAAAUUGAAAGUGAAUAUCAACAAAUGUUACAGAUGCUUGAAGAAAAUUUUAUAAUGAGCGAAACAACUGAAGAAACAACAACAUCAACAGCAACUCAAAUUGAUCGUGAAUCUCUUCAAGAAGAACAUCAGUUGGUAUUAAGAGAAUUAAAAACACUUAAUAAUCAUAAUCAAACAUUAUCUGAACGAGUUUUUGCAAUGGAAGCUGAUCUAUAUUCAAUACGUGAUGAACGUACGCAAGAAUUAAUGUUAAAAGAUAAUGAAGUAGAACGUAGUAAAAUUGAAUUACAAACAUUAAAUGAAAAAUUAAAUAAUUUAGCGGAAUAUGAUCGAAAUUUAAAAUUUGAAUUAACACUUUAUCGUGGUGUUUUAGAAAGUGAAUAUAGACGAAAACAACAACAAAAACAGAAACUAUCAUCAAUUAGUACUAUUCAUUUAAUGAGACCAACAACAUUACGAAGCAAUAAUAAUACGAUGUCAGAUCAAACAACAUGGUUGACAAGUAGUACACAUCAGACAAAAUUGAAUAAUCAACAACAGGAGAUUAUACAAACUCGUAAUCGAAUUCCAUCCGAUUAUGAUCUACUUGAUGACGCUUUAAAUACUCACAUUCAUGAUGUUUUAUUAGCAAACAUUACUCCUGAUAAUCAAAAAUUAGAAAGUGAACCCAGUUUACGACAACAGUUACAUGAACCACUUAUUUCAGAUCUACAACAUGAUACAACAAAUGUUACAAAUAUCACACAAGAUGCUACAAAACAACACUCUUCUUCAACUACUGCUUUUGAAGAAGAUCAAUUAUCUCCACAAUUGGAAGUACAACCAUCAGUAUCAUCAUCACGUACUUCUUCAACGAGUGCCCCAAUCCGACAGUCUUCUACUUCAUCUACUCCUUCGACAGAACUAAAAGACCAGUUAGUAUCUUCAGAACCUCAACAGUCAUCUAUUACUGCAACUGAAUCUCAAGCACGAAAGACAAGUUCCCCAUCAUCUCCACCAUUAACAGCAGUCCGUAUACUACCAUCUUUAUUUGGUGUUCUUCAACCAAAUACACCUACUUCAUCAGAUUAUCAAUCAACAUCACGUAAAUCGUCAACGAAUUCAGCAGUAGCAUCUGACACGCAAAGACGUCCAUCUACAACUAAUAUUACAACAACUUCAGAACAACAACCAUCAUCACGCAAAUCUUCAGCAGUACCAUCUGAUACUGAGAGACGCUCAUCUACAGCCGACAAAUCAAUAACUGCUGAACAACAACCACUAUUAUCUGGUGCCAGGCAAUCGCCUCCAACUACACCAGAAGAGCGCGCAUCAUCGUCACGUCAAUCGUCUAUUAGUUCAACGGUACCAUCUGAUGCUCAACGACGUCCGUCUACAACUAAUAUUGCAACGACCUCAGAACAACAGCCAUCAUCAAGAAAAUCUUCAGCGGUACCAUCUGAUACUGAGAGACGCUCAUCGACAGUCAACAAUUUAACAACUGCCGAACAACAACCGUCAUCAUCUGGUGUGAGAGAAUCACCUCCAACUUCACCAGAAGAACGUGCAUCACCAUCACGUAAAUCUUCAAUUAGUUCAGCAGUACCAUCUGAUGUUCAAAGACGUCCAUCUACAACCAAUAUUACAACAACGUCAGAACAACAGCCAUCAUCACGUAAAUCUUCAAUUAGUUCAGCAGUACCAUCUGAUGCUCAAAGACGUCCAUCUACAACUAAUAUUACAACAAUUUCAGAACAACAACCAUCAUCACGUAAAUCUUCUGCAGUACCAUCUGAUACUGAGAGACGCUUAUCUACAGUCGAAAACUUAACAACUGCCGAACAACAACCAGCAUCAUCCGGUGUCCGACAAUCACCUCCGACUACACCAGAAGAGCGUGCAGUAUCGUCACGUAAAUCUUCAGUUGGUUCAGCAGCACCAUCUGAUGCUCAAAGACGUCAAUCUACAACUAAUAUUACAACAACUUCAGAACAACAACCAUCAUCACGAAAAUCUUCAGCAGUACCAUCUGAUACCGAAAGACGCUCAUCUACAGUCGACAAUACAACAGCUGCCGAACAGCAACCGUCAUCAUCUGGUGUGAGAGAAUCACCUCCAACUGCACCAGAAGAGCGUACAUCAUCAUCACGUAAAUCUUCAGUUGGUUCAGCAGCGCCAUCUGAUGCUCAAAGACGACCAUCAACAACUAAUAUUACAACAACGUCAGAACAACAACCAUCAUCACGAAAAUCUUCAGCCGUAUCAUCUGAUACUGAGAGACGCUCAUCUACCGCCGACAACUCAAUAACUGCCGAACAACAGCCGUCAUCAUCUGGUGUGACAGAAUCACCUCCAACUUCGCCAGAAGAGCGUGCGUCAUCAUCACGUAAAUCAUCUACUAGUUCAGCAGUACCAUCUGGAACUGAGAGACGAUCCUCAACUGUCAAUAAUGUGAUAACUGCAGAACAUCAAUCACCAACUUCUGAAGUGCAACAAUCACUAUCAAGUCCAUUACAAGUAGUUCAACCGUCAUCACGUACCUCUUCGAUAAGUUCACCUGUAGCAUCUGACACUCAAAGACGCCAAUCUACAGCCAAUAUCGCAACAACUUCAGAAGAGCAACCAUCAUUACGCAGAUUCUCAACAGCACCGUCUGGCACUUUAAGACGCUCUUCUACAACCGAUAAUUCAUUAAUUUCACAACCAGAGCAACUAACUGCACAAGUCCUACAAUCUUCAUCAACUCAAUCACAACAACAUCAACCAUCAUCACGAACAUCUUCAAUCGAUGUAACAAGUCCAUCUGACACUCACAGACGCUCUUCUACAGUUGACAACUCAACAACUUUAGAGAAACAGCGAACAUCAUCUGGUGUUGAACAAUCACCUCGAACUCCAUCAGAAGAGCGUGCAUCAUCAUCACGUCAAUCAUCCAUUAGUUCGACGGUACCAUCUGAUGCUCAAAGACGCUCUUCUACAGCGGACACUACAGUAACUCAACAACAAUCACCAACUUCUGAUAUACGGCAACCAUCUUCAGUUUCAUCACAAGAAUAUCAACCGUCAUCGCGGACAGCUUCGAUAAGUUCAGUUCUCGCAUCUGAUAAUGAAAGACGUCCAUCUACAACAUCCAAUAUUGCAACAACUUCAGAACAACAACCAUCAUCACGUAAAACUUCAACCGCAUCGGGAGUACCAUCUGAUACUCAACGACACCCUUCAGUAUCGGAUACACAAACAAUUUCAGAACAACAAACAUCAACGUCUGAUGUUCCACGAUCAUCAUCAUCAUCAAGUCCACCUAAAGAAGAUCAACCAUCAUCACGUAAAUCUUCGAUCGGUGCAAUUGGAUCUUUUGAUGCUCAAGGACGUUCCUCACUGAUCAAUAAUGGAGCAACUAUAGAAUAUGAAUCAGGAACUUUUGAAACGGAACAACCACUCUCAAGUACAUCAGAAGAUCAUAAACCCUCAUCACGUAAAUCAUCAGUUGGUUCAGCAGUACCAUCUGAUGCUCAAAGACAUCCAUCGACAACCAGUAUUACAACGGCUUCUGAACAAGAACCAUCAUCACGAAAAUCUUCAACAGUACCAUCGAAUAUUGAACGACAUUCAUCUAUAACAGACAGUUCAACAAUCCCAGAACAACAGCCACUAUCGUCUAGUGCUGGACAAUCAGGACGUAGUUCAUCGGUGAGCUCGACAAGUGCAUUGGAGACUCAAAGACGUCCAUCUACAUCCAAUACUGCAAUAAGUCCAAAACAGCAACCAUCAUCCCGUAAAUCUUCAACAGUCGACAACUCAACAGUUCCACAACAACAAUCACUAUCUACAGAUGAUUAUCAGCCAGUUUUAACUGCAUCACAAGAACAUCAAACAUUAUCGCGUAAAUCUUCAACUGGUUCGGCAGUACCAACUGACAAUCAACUACGUGCAUCUGAAGCCGAUACUGGAAAGUAUUUAGAACAGCAAACACCAUCUUCUGAUAACCAGCAAUCAUCAUCAUCAUCUCCAUCUUCAGAAUAUCAACCGUCAUCAAGAACAUCUUCCGGUGGUUCAUUAUUAACAUCUGACACUCAAAGACGACUAUCUACAACGAAUACUGCAACAUUACCAGAACCUCAUGUAUUAACACGUGAAGGUUCUACAGUGUUACCAGAUGUUCAAAGACGCUCUUCUACAGCUAGUAGUUCAACAGUACAAGAACAGGAACGACCAACUUCUGAAGCGAAUGCAUUACCAUCAGCUCCACGACAAGAACAUCACUCAUCGACAAGCUCAAAUGUAUCAACUGAAACUGCACGACGACCAUCUACAGUCGAUACCACAACAGAUCCAAACCGUUAUUCAUCAUCACGAAAAUCUUCAGUAGUAUCAUCUGAUAUUCAACGACGCCCUUCUACCAGUAGUUCUUCAAUAGUUUCAGAACGUGAACUUUCAUUACAUACGUCUCCAGUGGGUUCAACAGUACCAUCUAACAUACGCACACCAGUUACCUCGGAGACACCUGGAACAUCAGUAGAAGAUCAUCCAUCAAGUGAUACUGCUAAUCAAUCGUUUUCAACAUCACGUGGAGAACAUACAACAUUGUUAGAAGGUGAGAAUUUUUCUCACACACCUAUUUUAACAUCAAAUGCUGAUGCUCAAGGAAAAACAUUACCAAGUGCUGCUGAUAAUACUCAAACAGUCAUGUCUACAACCAAUCAGGUUGGUGAAAAAAAUGAUACGAAUCAAUCGAAAGAAUCAGUAGCAUAUGCUACUGAUGAACAAACAUCUAGUGAAACGGAUCGUAGAGAACGUCAUCCAUCUACUCAUUCCGUCGAACAAUCAUUAACAGAAGAAUAUGAAGUUUCAUAUGAUACUGAUGGUAAAAGGUCACAUUUAUCAUCAUUCAAUUUAAUUAGUACGCCUCAAGAAGAAAGAAAACAAAGUCUUUCACAGUCAGAGGCAAAUAAAACUUUGGCUCAAACUGAUUCAUCAGAUCAAAUCAAAAGAGAAGAAGAUAAAGAUUCUUCUCUUAGAAAUACUACAGAGGAGAAUAAUCUUACUGAUUAUAGCUCCUCAACAAUUACAAAUGAUUAUCCUCAUCAUCAUGAUAAUUUACAUGAUACAAAUCCUUUCCCACUAUCAGAAAAAAAUAAACAAUCAUCUCCUAAUUCAUCAUUAACUGAUGUUGAAGAUGUAGAUCCAUCAGUUUCUGAGAAAUCUGAAGCACGAAUCGAUGAUGUUGAUGAUCCUAAUUUAGCAAUUAUUAUGCAAGAUCUUCGUUAUGUAUUUCAUGAAAUAGCUAAUGAUGAAGAUUUAGUUGAAAUAGAUAAGGAUUUACCGGAUAAAUUACUUGAUCGUCUUGAAUUUCGUGAUCAUAUUAUACGAACAUUAUUCGAUAGUUUAUUAAGAAAAUAUCUUGUACAAGCAGCUGCUCAAAGAAAUCGUUCUGAAACUCUUGAUUGGGUAGAAUUUCGUGAUAUACUCUUUCCGAUGAUAUCUGGUCGUUAUACUGAACAACAUAUUCGAAAAUUAUUUGAUUUAUUUGAUACAAGUGGAGAUGGUCAUUUAUCAGUACAAGAAAUAGCCGAAUUACUUGAAGUUCUUCAAGCUAGUGAUACAAUUUGUCUUGCACAGAAUAUCGUUGAAGUAUAUGAUACAGAUCAUGAUGGAAAAUUGAGCGUUGAUGAAUUAAUCGAAGCUAUUAAAAAAACAGAUGAUAUUAACGAACAUGUUUUGUCAGAUGAAACAGAAAAUCAACAAUGGUUUAAUCAAUCACCAACAGAAAACCAAACAAUAACAUUCGAAGUACCAAUUAUUACUUAUCCACCCAGAAUCGAAGAUAAAUUAAAUACUAGUAUAUCACUACUUGGUAGAAUAUUUAAAAAAUUAAGUGCUAAUUCCGAAAAUAAACAAUUGGAUAGUAAUAAGAAAAAUUUAUCAAUUGAAAUGGCAGUUGAAUUUAUCAAUAACAAUAUAAAUAUACCAAUUAAUGAUUUACAAUUAUUUAUUCAAUCAUUCCUGAUUAAAAAACAUAAUACAGAUUCAUUUAUAAAUUGGAUUGAAUUUCGAGAUAUAUUUUUACCAAUUAUAACCAAUGGAUUAUAUACUAAACAGAGUAUUCAACAAUGGUUUGAUAUAUUUGAUACAAAUCGAAAUGGAAUAAUUACACAAGAACAAGUUAUUCAUCUGCUUCGUUUAUUACAAAUACAAAAUCCCGAAAAUAUUAUCAUUAAAUUAAAUGAAAUUAUAGAAGCACAUGCAGUUAAUGCUACUUCAUGGACAUUUGACGAAUUAAUAGUAGCAUUGGAGAUUGUUAAUGAAACUUCAACUCAUCUUCUUACGAAUAUAGAACAAAUAUCUUCAUUUGACAAUGAUUGGCUUUCGAAUAACAUAUUUUAA